GUUCUCCGCUCACUCCAGAAACCGCCCCCGUUUUGUUGUUUGGCUAAAGAUGGCGUUAGCGGCUAACACAGGCGAUUGCAUUUUGUUUAACGAUUUUUUUCGGGCAUUGGCAACACCAGGUUAAUAAAAUAGAGUCAUUAUUUGUAGUUCGAUAUGCAAAUAAUGUAACAUUGAGCAGAUACACAACAAUUACGUAGAAUAACGCCUGCUAGGCUUAAUCACGCUGUAGGCCUCUUUGUAGGGAGUGGACCUGGAGUUGGAAACUCAAUUUCCCGUCAGCAAUUGCGGCGUCAGGUGGUACAAUUUUACUUUUGUCGUGAGCUGUAGUUUUUUUGUAUUGAUUUUGCCAGUUAUUCAGAACCGCGGAUUGUAUACUUCAAAAAGGAACAGAGGAAGAGCCCAGGUUCACGUGUUGAGUAGUUAGCUAACACGUUCAAGUGAAGAGAGAUGUUUUUUAACCUUUUAUUAGUUCGCUGGAAGAGUCCAGGGAUAAAUCAUCACCUUAUCUGUGAUAUCUGUCUAUGCAGGCAAACAGAAAGUUAAGCUAAGUUUAUACGUGGCUUGCUGGUCAGGAGCCAUGUCUUCGUCAGUGGUGAAGGGUGACUGGAAACACUCGAGAGUUCACCCCAAAGAGGGUCACCAAGCAUCACCAGAGUCUUCCUUAACCUGGUGCUUGACUCACCUUAGACCCGAGUCACCGCGGGGCGAACAGCAGGCUAGGCCAGGUAACAGCAGAGAAAUAGACAAGAGGGCCAAAGUCUCUCAGUGGCGAGCCCUAGUGGCCAUCCGGACGCAGCACAUCAAGGGAGACCAGGCUGGCAUUGCCAGAUUCAGAGGACACGGUGGACUCCGACCCCUGCUGACCCUGCUUCAACACCCAGACUCCUCCAGGAAGACUCUGGAUCUGGCUCUCAGCAUUCUGGCCAACUGCUGCACGGAGCCAGAGACGCGCCUAGAGGUCCGUAGGCUGCAAGGAAUAGACAUUGUAGUGGACAUCAUGAAGAGAAAUGUGGCUCUGGAGUCGGUCCAGAACCGGGCAGCUCGGGCUCUGGGGAAUUUGGCCAUGGAUCCAGAGAGCUCUGAGCUCAUCCAUUCUGCUGGUGGCGUUCCUCUCCUUCUCCUCUGUGUGUCUUUGUCAUCUGCUCCAUCGUCCCCCACAGCUUCUCCGCCCUCUGACUCCUGCCCUAAACUUGAGUGUGCUCAGUCAGCUGCCCGGGCGCUUCUCUACCUCUCAGACACGCCUUCAAACCGCCUCUCCUUGAUCACCCAAGGGACAUUAUCUGCUCUCGCUCCUCUCCUUACCCCUGAAUAUCCCCACGGGCUGCGGCGUGCGGCGCUAAGAGCCCUCCACGAGCUGACCAGGGGUUGUGGUGUGGAAUGUUCCAGGGAGGUGUCCCGUUCUGGGGUCCUUGCUCAGCUUGGUGUCAUGACAUCGGGGGAGUCUGGUAAACCUUUUGAGGAGCUAGCACUAAAAACACUGGCUAACUUGUGCUCUCAGGGUUGCUUGCGACCUCUCGUGGGGUCCCUGGGGGUCAUCCAGAAAUUCACUGAGGAGGUUAAAAGGGACCCACUGAAGUCUGGAGUCUUUUUUAAGGCUCUGUGUUUGUGCUGCAAAGAGGCCGUGAACCGGGCCAAGGUGAAAGAGAGUGGUGGGUUGGAGGUGCUGAUUAACUUUUUAUCUUCUCAUCAGAGUCACCCUCUUUCUAAGCUGGCUGUUCUGGCCUGUGUGGACUUUGUUUUUGACGAGUCUGCUAUGGAACAGCUGCAAGAGCUGGGGCUGGUCCCGAUACUCGUUUCACUGCUUGUCAAACUCACCAGAGGAGAGGAACAGGCGGUGGAGAAAGUGGAUGGAAGCCUGUCCUCCAACAUGUCUCCCAGUGAGCUGCGUCCCUCUUCAUGUUUAGAGUCGUUUGACUUUCCUGCUCCUGAGGGAUUCAAGAGGGAGCAAGGUUCCUCCAGCUUCUUAAGUCUCAGGUCCUGGUUGCUGUCGGAGGGACUGAUCUCUUCUGAGGGGGACCUGCUGGAUGCAUCCGGUGUAGAUUCAGACUGGGGCAGUCCUCAGGUCCCACCAGCUUCGUCCUCUCAGACCUCCUCUCCAAACCCUUAUUCCAGUCCUUCCCUCAAAAGCUCUUCGUCUGUCUCUGUUCUUCCUAAAAAACCCGCUCAGUCAUCGUCACCUGUCUCAUCUUCUUCAGGGAGCGUCACUGAUCCCCCCCCCUCCAGUGCUGUUCCACCACAAACCCCGACCAUCUCGACCUCCGCUCCCAGUGCACCCCAAACACCCAUCUCUCCAACAAAGUUCUCUUCUCCACAGAAGAGAAGAAAAGCUCAAUCAUCAGCUUCCCUGACUCAGGUCAUUCUUGAAAGUCCUCCGUCUGCUCCUCGUCCCGCCGCCUAUCACCACCCUUACCACCCUGAACCCUGGACCACAGAGUCUCCCAUCCUGCUGCUGCUGUCCCGUUUCUCCCACGCCAGCGACCCCAGCGCCACUCUGGUCAGCUCAGGCGUCAUGUCCGGCUUGCUUUACUACCUCACUCAGCACCAGGACCCCAGCAGCAGGUGCUUCCGUAUGCUUUGCCGUCUGAGCUGCAACCCAAAUUGUUUGCAGGCGCUGGUGCGGACUGGUUCAGUAGCUCUGAUUUGUCACCAUCUCUGCCUGAGGGAUGAGAGAUCAGAGGGACAGGCGAGGCAGACGGAGCGAGUCAAAGCCAAAGUUAAACAGCUGGGUGCUGCUCUUCUGAAUAAUCUGCGUGUUCAGUGUGAGUCGGGAUUCGGCUCCGGUGUUCUUGCACAUGUGAUGCUGUCGGGUUCUGAGUCUGAUAAGAUGAACUGUGCGCUCUCUCUGCCUUUCCUCAGCAGCAACAAAUCCCUUUUGAGGAAGCUUCUCCUGGAUAGUGGCGGUCUUCUUUUGGCACUGCUGCCUCUUGACUGCGAUGUCGAUGAGGAUGAGGAAGAUGAAGAUCAGUGUGGAAGGCUGCUUUCUGAUUUAUUUAAUUCCUCACGCCCAGGUGUGAGCUCCCCGCGACACUCUGUGUAUUUCUCUGUCCUGGUUGGGUGCUUGUCGGCUCUGACGGGGACCGUUAAGACUGACUUGAUCAAAGAGAACAGGAGUCCAGUUACAGCCCAGUGUGUUGGUAACUCUGACCAAGAUUUGCCCCCUCCCUUGAAGAAGCCACGCCUUGCUGAGAUGUGUCCCUACGAGGUGUCGGACUUUGACCUGGUCUUGUUGCUUGAUGAUGGAACCAGGGUCCCAGCCAACAGGGAGGCUCUAGCGGGACUGGAGGGGGCAGACGGCGCCGGCUCGGAGUACUUCAGGGCCCUGUUGAGAGGCGGGUUUGGAGAGUCUCAGGGCAAAGCCGACGAAGCUAUUUGUAUCAAAGAUGUUAGCGCGGGUAUGCUACUCCCGGUGCUGCAUUACCUGCAUGGAUGUCGCCUCAGCAGGGAUCCACAAAGGAACGAGCUGCAGAGCAGAGGCCAGUGUCAGCUCUUAGACACGUCGGUCCUUCGUGGACUCGGUGGCUACCAACGUGGAACAGAGGAAGACUUUCAGAAGUCACCUUUAGGUGCGAUGAUGAUUGGGGCGUGCAGGUUUUUGGUAAACGAGCUGAAGGAGGAGCUGGAGGAUAGUUUAGUCUCAUUCCUCAUGUCGUGCUCCACCAAAGCUACUGGUGCCUGUAGAGCUGCUCCCACAGAGGACGAUGCUGAGAAGACGGAACCUAAAACGGACCAAGAACACUCCGAGGAGAACCUGGCGAGUCUGACGUCUGAGCUGGAGCUGACUGAACAGGCGAGGAAACUCGACGCUUUACUGCAGCAAACAGAAAGUAAGAACUCGUCCUUUGCUGGAACAAUACAGGAAGUCAUCACAGGACUCAAAACGAGCCUAGAUGAAAACACCAUCAAGAGAGUUAUUUCUGUUUCUAAAUCGGCCCGUACGCCUGUGAAGUCCCUCGAUCCAGAAGUGAAGACGUUGGGACCAACGCAGCUGCAGAAGGACGUCCAGCCGAUGAAACCAGCCGAUCAGAGCUCCCGUGAGUCUGGAGCUCUCGUUGCUUUGCUCCCACAGCUGUACUGGUUUUCCCAGCGGCACAGCUACCCUGCUCUGGGCCGGGCCUGCCUGUCCUUGCUGCUGGGUUAUCAGAACUACCCUAGGCCAUUUCUGACCUCCGUCGCUGCUGGUUGUCUUCACAGACUGGCCAGAGAGGCCGACUGUACGGACACUCUGAAACAGGAUCUGCUGAGCCUGGCCUCGGGGGCUUUAGGCUGAGUGGGGGGCUUCGGAUAAACUCAUCAGGCAGAGAACCAACCCUGAAGGUGCCAUCAUUGUUUUCCUUUACAACACGGCUGUGUGAUAAACAUUUUUCUUUUGCGCUAACAGAAGUGUAGAUUUAAUUUCAUGGUAUUUUGAGCAAAAACUUCUUUAAAUUUUGAUAUAAUUCAUGGCAUACUUCCGAUAAAAUGGAUUAUUUUCAUUUGUGAAGCGACUAUUUUUACCCUUUUCAUUUGGGAAACGAACGCCUGUACAUUUGAUGUAGCAGAGUUUAUUGAGAUCAGGUUAUUUUGUACAUAAAUGUAGAAAAAAUAGAUUUGCAUUGAGUUUGAAUUGUCCUGUAUGAAUUCAUGUCUCCAAAUAUAUUGUUCAGACAUC